AUGCCACGAGAUCACCCGUGCGUGCCGUGCUGCGAGAUUGUCGGAGGCUACGGAUACAGCCUGCGAGACGUGUGUCACGUACUUGUCACAUCCCGAUGUUCUGGUGCUGCCGCCUGGGCAUUUGAUUUCUGUCACUUCGUGAUUUCGUCUGCUCUUCGGUCAUCCACGCGUUCUCUGCUGGACUCGACCCUGAAUAGCACAGUCGCACAGAUUCACGGCCUGGCCGUCAGUCCCCGUCACAUCACAGCAGCACAAGAGUACGACCACUCCGUGCCGUUGUAUCCAGUCCCCGAGGCAAAAGACCUUCACGAAAUCACCUUGCCCCGAACACCGAUAGAGGGACAAAACAUGACGCACACAAAUGGUGAAUUUCCUUAUCCGAACGGAUGUCCCGGCAUGGCCAAGUCGAUCACAAUUCCGAGUGAGCAGAGCACACGUACUGAACGGCCGCGCCGUCGUCUCGGCGAUCCAAGUAAAGCACCAAGGCACCAAAGGCUAGGACCCAAAACCCGUGAGCCUAAAUCAGUUCAAAUCCGAGCUUCCCUUCCCUGUCGCCUCACUCGUGUGCCCAAUAUUAGGCUCAGGCCAAAAUCAUGCUUCCUGAGCCAUUACGUUUUCCUGCACAUUCUCUGCGUACCUGUCCCAGUCUCGGUCUCAUUGUCGGCCAACGCAGUCAUCUCAAGAAGGCGUGCCGCUGGUCCGAAAAGACCUCGGGACGGAUCAUAA